ACAGGAAGGUUCUUGCCAAAGUCUUCAGUAUUUCUUCAUCUCAAUUCUCUUCUCUUUAUGGUCAAGACAGCUUUAAAGUUGAUGGUAUCGUUUCUUCAAAGGGAAAAGUAUUUUGUGGCAACGAUCGGUUGACCUUGUAUCUAAGUAACGCCACGAAUUGUAAUCCCGAACGUUGUCUACUUUUGGACGUGCGAUACAAACCAGUUACAGAGAACGAACUCAGUCGUUUGAGUAUAACUCCAAGCAAUGACGAUAAUUUAGAGGGUGAUGAUAACCCAGAUCGACCAGUGUUUCUGCUGUUAAGGGCAAACAUUCUAAGAAAACACGGAAUCAAGUCUGGACAAGACGUUUGGCUACAACAAGCUUCUCCUGUAGUGCUUUCAAAAGUCGUCCUCAAAACUAAGCCUGGAUACAAGUUUGAAGAUAACCUUGUUUCACAAUUGUCAGAGUAUUUUAGAAAUAAUAGAAGAGUAGUCAGAGAAAAUGAUAUUUUAUCGAUACAAAGGAAACUCGAACUUAAAGAUAACAUUGCUCAGGAUGGCAGCAGUAUUUGUCUGAUGAAUUUUGAUGUUUUGAAGUGUGAGCCGGUAUCUCAAGGUGUCAUAGACACUCAAACAAACUUAAUCUUGCUCAAGGCAAUCGAAAAAUGCACAGAAACAGAAACAUCUAAAAUAACUACAGAUCUUGAUGAAUUUGCCUCAAGCACAAAUAUCAACAUGCUUUCUCUUCUUGUCGCUGAUUUUACCACACCUCUACAUGGUAUAUGGUGUGAUAGACCACAGAAAAGAUGCAAAACAGCAAAGCUCAAAAUUCAAGUUAGUGGUUGGCAGGGUUUGCAUCAAUCAUUUUUGGAUYCUGGUUACCAUGGUAGCAAGCAUGAUAUGAAUAGCAGUCAUUGUCUUUAUGUCUCCCUGGCAACACUCAUGGAUAUUGGCAUACAGAAUGGAAGCUGGGUGAAGAUAUGGAUCCAUGAAAGUCUGGGUAAAAUAGCUAAUGUUUCUGGUCAAAAUGACAACCAAUUAACCCACGGCAUUAGUCAUACAACCAACAAACAAAUUGCAGAUACCAACCCAAAUGAAAUGAAAGUUGUCUAUCAUUAUGCUCAGUUAUAUGCAUUAGACUAUCAAGGAAGUAUUUUACAUGCAUAUGCAAAAUCUCCACAGAUUUCUGUGUUCCAAAGUUCUAACUCUGUCAAUCAAAUUAUCCAUGUCUCUCCGUUGUUGUACUUCAAUCUUAUUAACAACUCCUCAAACCCUUUACAAGACCCCAAAGAGUUAUUUUUGAGGCUUAUUCCAUAUUCUUUUGAAAAGAAAGACAUCAAGGUAUCCGAUGAUGAAGCUAAUGAGCCUGUUCAGGAUAGUGUUCCACCAUAUGCUAAAGAAGCACAACUUUUUCUUGUUCAGACAGUUUUUACAAGGCCUGGAUAUGCAUUUGACAAAAUCCUGGAAAGACAUUUUUCAAAGCCAAGAGUUUUGACUGUAGGAGAUAUUUUUUGYAUUAAGUUUGAUGGUUAUAAGGAUUCAAUGUAUUCCUUGUCAUCUGAGCUUGAUGGUCAGAGAAUUGAGAAUUGUAUGGUGUAUUUUAAAGUCAUGAAGCUUGCAUGUACUGAGAGUGAAAAAGUUCCUUGCUUGGUUGAUGUCGACCACACCACUGUGUAUCAGGCAUCUUCUGUACAAAGCUUUGUACAUGUUGUACUGCAUCCCAAAGAGGAUCUUAAAGUGAAAACAAGCUAUUGGGAUCUACCAACACCACCUGGACUGGAGGUGGCUACAGAAGGAUUGAAAAGUAUUAUCAAACCCUACUUAAGACAGAAUGUGCAGAUGAUGCCAGCUGUUCUUGUCACAGGACCUCUAGGAGCAGGGAAGAGAACAAUGGUCAUGGCAAUAGGAAGACAACUAGGCCUGCUCACAAUGAACAUCAAUUGUUACGACCUCAUAGGUGAUUCUGUUGCAGCGACAGAGGCAAGGAUUUCUAAUAUUUUCCAAAAAGCGAUUGCUUGCCGUCCAUGCAUAUUGCUGUUUCGUCACAUCAACGUAUUGGCCAAAGACAGAGAUGGACUCGAAGAUGAGCCACGUAUUGCUUGUACACUACAGCAGUCUAUCAAAGAUCUCCAGAAGCUCUCCAACUGGCCAGUAGUCGUCAUAGCAACGUCCUCAUCAUCCAAGAUGUCUGCUCAAGUUCAUUCAUGCUUUCUUCAUGAAGUUAAAGUAAAGACUCCUUCAGAGAACGAGAGAAAACGGAUCCUUGAAGCUCUAGCGUCAAUGAGUUGUGUCGCUGGUGACGUAUCUUUUGGGGUGUUGUCCAAAAGAACAGCAGGUUUGGUCUUAGCUGAUUUUGUGGCACUGUUCGCAAAAGCCACUGGUGUCGCUUCGAAACGAAUUUCCCGCCAUUACGGUUGCCUAAGAGACGACAGUACUUUUGUUGAAUUUUCACGACUGGAAAGCUACAACAAGAAUGAUUGGCGGAACACAAUAGAAGAUAGAGGCUGUGAGAUGGAUAAUCUUUGUAAGGAUGUUCUAAGAUGUGGCCCAAAAAUAAUCCUCAAAGAUCUGCAAGAUGCGCUUGAAGAGAUUCAAGGUGAACAUUCUGAUGCUAUUGGUGCGCCUAAGAUCCCAAGCGUGUCAUGGCAGGACAUUGGUGGACUUGCAGAUGCCAAGGCCGACCUCUUAGACACCAUCCAAUUACCCUUGCAGCAUCCGGAACUCUUUGCUUCAGGGCUGCGACGAUCAGGUGUUUUGCUGUAUGGACCUCCAGGAACAGGAAAAACACUACUAGCCAAGGCUGUUGCUACAGAAUGUUCUCUGAACUUCUUGAGCAUCAAGGGGCCCGAGCUUAUCAACAUGUAUGUUGGCCAAAGCGAAGAAAAUAUACGUCAUGUAUUUUCCCGAGCUCAAAGCGCGAGUCCUUGUGUGAUAUUCUUCGACGAGUUGGACUCACUGGCCCCCAACAGGGGGAGGAGUGGAGAUUCAGGGGGCGUGAUGGACAGAGUGGUCUCCCAGCUACUAGCAGAACUAGAUGGACUUCACAAGUCAUGUGAUGUCUUUGUCAUUGGUGCUACCAACAGACCUGAUCUCCUUGACCCCGCCCUCUUAAGGCCUGGUCGUUUUGACAAACUGCUGUACCUCGGCAUAAGCGAAGAUCAUGAAUCUCAGAUGAAGAUUCUCAAAGCUUUGACUUCCAAGUUUGAAUUGAGUUCAGAUUGUGAUUUAGAAAGCAUCAGCAAACACUGUCCUCUAAACUUCACCGGUGCCGACCUGUAUGCAUUGUGCAGUGAUGCCAUGCUCCGUUCCAUCAAAAGAUGCUUACACGAACAUCAGGGUAUUGACGAAGAAAUCGAUAGCGACAUUCUAGUAAUCGAAGAAGAUUUCCUAGAAGCACUGAAGGGAAUAACCCCUUCUGUACCAGAACACGAGCUGCAAAGAUACGAAAGAAUCCGCCAACACUUCGCAUCUUGAGAGUGAAUCAGAUGUAGUACCAUCGAGACAUCUGUCAGACAAAAGCACAAGUUACUGCAGUCAUCUGGAACAAAGUCAUGCGAUACUAGAAAAUCGGGCUCAAGCCUCUUUGACUUUCAUGAUAGUUACCGCAAUUCCCCCACCACAAGUCAGUCAAGCGAACGCGGUGUCAUUUCUGCGCGCUCCAAUAUUAUGCUUUCAAGCGGUCGCGACGACUGUCGUUGAGAGAGGAUAAUUGUUAUUUCCUUGAUGUAAACCGAUUAAGCAAAUGAGUAUUAAGUCGAGAUAAGCGCCCUAAUCUAUUACCCUAAUGAAAUUCUUUAACAUCGCAGUAGGCUGUUUCCUACUUUAUAGAUAACACCAGUAAUUUGAGUGCCUCAGGAAAAUACUUCUCGGACAUUCCACCGCUAUAUAUGAACAUCGAUAACAAAACGAACCAAUCAAUACUGAUUCUAUGGAUGGUUGAUGACCAAGAACGAUCUGGAAACUCUAAACACCUAGUGUAUACCAGGCCAGUAGUGAAUUGAAUAAGUCUUGGUGCGAUCACGCUGGAGGUCGAACGAACUCGAUAAAAAAUUAUUCCAGAAACUACUAUUUCAUUAUUAGAGCGGUUUCGUAUGACUUGGAAACAUACGGUACUGACUUACAGCACGUUCACGAUACAAAAUACCGUAGCAUUGAAAUGGCUUCCCAUUGUCUUUCAUCCGGUAAUUCAUCCAAUCAAAACGCGUAGUUAAGGUACGGCUACGAAUUUGCCGUAUGGUUUCUCACUCGUGAAAACCGCUCUUGCACGAACUUAAACGAUAUUUUCUCAAUAAUAUACAGCUAUUUCUAAAAGAAAAAAAUGGUGAUGUAAAUGAAAUCGGGGGCAAACUGGAUCACAACACGAAAUUUUCCUAAACCCUUACUGCACAUUUUACCGGCAUAUUUUUUCUGUGAUGACAUUAUUUCACAUAUGAAUAUAAUACAUUUUACGAGGCUUGGUAAGCAACCUGCAACAGAACCUUCGCCAACAUUUUAAUUCUGAAAUAGUUGUAUACACCCGAUUCGAAAAACGUUAUCGGUCCGGGAGAUCUGAAAUCCGAGACUGAACAACGUAGUUUCCUUUUAGAUUGGAAUGAUAUGAAGCACGACUAAUAAGUUAGAAAUGUGAUUUUUCGCAUUUUACUUAGAAAACACUGUUGAUGAAAGCACAACAAUUCCGUUUAGUUUCAGAUGUCGGAGCGUCAACGUUUUUUGAAAUAGGUUAGACUGCGAGCAGUCGCUCUAUUUCUYUUCCUCACUGUCCGUCUGUCUGUCCGUGUCGGUUGGCCGAGGAAGAUUGUUUACGAGUCAAAAGUCUCCGUCGUAACCAAUCUUUCUCGGCCAAUCGACACGGACCGACAAACGGACAGUGACCAAGGGAAAUAGAGGGACUUCUCGCAGUCUAGAAAUAGGUGUAUUCCAGGUGUAGGUGUAUCAUAGUUUUCGAUUGGUUUAGAAGUUACCAGCCCACAGAUAAUCCUUAUAAGGUUAGCCGAUCUCGAGUAAAUCACCCCGAAGGAAUUUCCCUCUCUUAAAGGUAAACGUCGUGGGUGUCUUUUCCCCGACAGGUUUUAGGAAUUACGGUUUUACCUGUAGUUCUGUCUCCCGAUAGCAAGGGCUUCCAUGCGAUAGCAAGUAAAAGGCUUGUCUGUUAGUCGCACCAGUUGGCCAAGGAUAUAUUGA